AUGGACCAGGAGGAGGCUCCACCACCUUACUCGGCCGUCGACCCGUUACUUGCGCCGACAAACAACCGGAAUGGCGGCGCGACCCAGGGUGCGGCCCCGUUACAUGGAAAUGUCUCAGCUUCACGGAAUACCAAUAGCUCGAGCUUAGCAGAACAGUCUUCUACUUCCUCCUCGCCGGCUGUCGUGCCAACUCAUUUCACUUCCGCGGUGACGUACUUCGAGGAAAGGCCACCGGCAGUGCUGGAUGAAAGCCGGGGUCUACUGCACCACCAUAUGACCAUUUACCCUCGCAGCCAAGCGAAGGACUUUCCACGUCGGCCCCGCUGCUGGGUGUCACGCAUGGAUGAAGUCGCCCAGCAGGACUGGGACACGUUCUUGCGCUAUCUCUUCCCCUCGCAGUUGGGCUUGGCCGCUACUUCACAAGACCUGCCCCGGCAAUUGCGCGCAGAGAUCCAGCGAGAUCGCAAGGACCGACCGCAAGAGACUGAUGAGCAGCGACGAGCUCGGAUCGCAGCAGUGGUCGAUGAAUGGAAUCAAUUGUUUUUCGGGCCGCGCGCAACGCGCAUCGUGUUUGUCUAUGUUGGCGAACCCGAUGCAGCGCCCUCAUCUGCUCUUUGUCCUCGAUGCUACCCAGCUGCGACAAAGGCGACACAAGGUACCGGUUCCAUAGGAUCCACAGACGGCCAAGCUGCAAGGAAUUCGAAUAUGCCGUCACCAGUCGCUGGCCAGCAAACGCCGUCGCCAAACUCUUGGCAUCUACCUCCAAUACCGCAUUUUCAUCAGGGACGUCCGCCGCCAGGUGCUUACGGUCCAUAUGCCAUGUCUCCUUUCCCUACACCCGGUACAGCUACCAAUCACCAACCGCCACAAUACUAUCCCCCGCGACCGCCACCCCCUCCAGGUGUACCGCCAUGGCAGUGGAACAACUGGGCAUAUUCACAACCGCAGUUUGGUAAUUCCGGCACGCAAAAGAGUGGAACAUUGGGUUGGAUCUCCCAGCUGACAACCCAAGCACAAAAGUACGGCGAGCGGUUUGCCCAGCAGGCGCAGCAGUACGGAGAUCAGAUUAGUGCACAGGCAAUGUACUAUGGUCGACAGGUCGAGGAACAAGCACUAGCGCAUGGCCGCUGGAUCGAAGAGCAGGCUCGGCUUCACGGGCGAAAACAGGCAUACCCACAGUCUGGAUAUACAUCUUCACCCCCGGCGACUUGGUACCAAACCGAGACUGGCCAAACGUCCGGUGUUAUACAGGACACACCAACUCCCCCGAACACUACAAGCACACCAGCUGACUCCGAGAACGUCGACCAAAGCCAAACUCAAACGACAACCCAACCUCAAAACAAGCAAGACUCUCUUCCCACUAAAUCAAGAGACGACAAAUCACCUAUCGAGCGCUCACGUCGUGCAUCCAUUAGUUCCACCUCCUCCGAGUCCUCCCUUAGCUCAAUCGAUACCCUCUCCACCACCUCAGAUCUCACCCCCUCUGACCUAGCUACAGUCCGAGAGCAACUCCGGUCUCUCCAUGACCGGCAUGACCGCACGCUAUAUGAUGCCGCUGUAGACCUGCGGCAUCAACUUGACGUCCUCCAAGAGUCCCGCCGCGAUGCGCGCACAUCCGGCCGCCGGAACUGGCGAACUGGAUGGGGCCAGCAGCCGCCGUCUAACCGAGCCGAUGGCACAGACUGGGGACGCUGGGAAUCCCCAGAGCAGCAGCAGCGCCAAAAUGCAGAACGCCGUGCUAUGAAGGAAGAAAUGCGCGCUACGAGAAAAGCCUUCCGAGACGUGGUACGGCGCGCGCGAGAAGAACAGCGUGACCAGCAUCGUGCGCGACGGAAUCGCCGGCGCCAGGCACGUUCGCGCCAAUCUGGUGACGUCAAGGCGAACGACAGCGCGCAAUUGGACCAGCGACUGGAGAAUCUCUCGCUCAAGGAUGCGGAUAAUGCGCACCUUUUGCGCAUGCAACCGCAGCGGCCCAGUACUGACUCGGAGCUGAGUGCUUCAAGUAUAUCUGCUUCAGCUUCGCAGGUGGGCUCACAAGGAAUGCCAGCUGAGCUCCCAGAGAGGAAAAAGCCUCCAACACGGCUGAAGGAGAUGUUCCAACCGCGCAAUAUGAAGAAGCAGCGGCAGCAGCAGCAGCCCGGAAAUGAUACGAGAAAAGAUCCCGAUACAAAAGACAGCAAAGAUACUACGGAAAAGGAUAGGGGGUCUCGGUGA